AUGAAAACUAGAAAUUGGGAAAGCAAGAAACAACGAUUAGAAAAUCUUAACCGAAAAAAUGAAUUAAAGAAACAAAAAAGUGUCCAGUAGAUUUCUGACACGAAUAGAAAUUUUUUCUGCAAUUUUUCAACCUUUUUUCAACUAAAUAUGGAUUUAAAAAUUCCAUGUGUUGAGUAUUAAGCCUUCAUAUUUAGAUUUUUAUCAGAACAAUUACAUAUUCAAGAACUUUUUACAAAUCAAUAAAUUUUUGAAUUGUAAUAGGAAUUGUCUAAAUAAUGGAUUCCCAAAAUAAAAAAGAAUUGGAGUGAGGAAGAUAAACAAAUUUUAAUAUGGAUUGUAUUGAAAAUCUGUUCUAGAGAUAGCAUCCCCAUUAGAAAAAUUCCAAACAAAGUAUGGGAGGAAGUAGAGCAAUUAAUCAGCAGGAGGACUUUUGAAUAAUGUAAAAUAAAAUGGAAUGAUUUAUUGAAAUUAUCCUUAUAACAACUACCAUGGACAUAAGAAUAAGAUGAAUAUUUAAUAUAAUUGAUUAACAAGGAGUAAGGAAUGUUGAACAAAUGGUGCAUUAUAGCAAAUUUAUUAAAUGCAUAGUUUAAAGAAUCUCCGAGAACUGGAAAACAGUGCAGAGAGAGAUGGAACAACCAUCUGAAUCCAGAUAUAAAUAGACAUUAAUGGAGUUUAGAGGAAGAUAUUGAAUUGUUAGAGUUAGUAAAAAAGAAGUAGAGAAAAUGGGCUUACAUUUCAAAAAUAUUAAAAUCAAAAAGAAGUGAAAAUGCAGUGAAAAAUCGUUAUAAUUGCUUAUUGAAAAAAAAUAAUUGUUAAUCCAUUACAAGUUUGAUUGAUUUAUUGAAGAAAAAGUAUAAAUCCGAAAAUCCAGAGGCUCCUUUAUUAAAUAUAAAAAAAAGAAAAUUAAUACAUAUGCCAUAAAUUUAACAAGUAUAAAACUAAAAAAUGAAUACUGAGUUCAGUAUCUAAUAAUUUGAUAUUAACGAUAUUAAUCAGCUAAAAUGUCUGACUCCUGCUUUUUACGAUUCUAAGAAUUAAAUCCUAUUCAUAAGCAAUAAAAAUCAAUUGGUUUCUUUCUUAAGUAACCAAAUGAUUAAAGUUGAAAGUGAUUAAAAUAUCUAACAUUUUGAUCAAAACAAUUAAUAGCAUGAAUUCUCUAAUUAAAUGAGUGGUUUAUUAAAUUUAGUAGAUUCAUCAAAUUUUGCAAAAUUUGUACCCUGUUUAUUUGCCAAUCAAUAAAUACCAAUUUAAUAAGAAAAGAAAUCUUAGUUUAAUAUUCCUAACAUCCCUGCAGUUAGAAUAGAAUAAACUAAUUCAGAGAGAGUACCAAAAAGUAAGCUUUCCUUUUUUUCCUCAAAAUUUAUUGAUCUUAAGGAUAGAGUUGCUAUGGAAUAGGAAGAAAACAAUUAAUAAAUUAAAAAUUGUAAAUGA